AUGGAGGGACAGGAAGACCAGUUGCAGAGAGAAGCUGCCCUCUCUGCUAAUAGCAGGAGACGAUGGGACAACCAGCUGCACAGAGGAACUACCCUCUCUGCUGAGAGCUUCAGAGACCUGCAGAGACGUCGGGACUACAGUGCAGAGAGGAGCAAGGAGCACCCGCUCCAGGGCCUCCUCUCUGCUGAGAGCAGUAGAUGUUGGGAAGACCUGCCUACAGAGAGGAGCUACCCACUCUCCUUGGACCGUUCUCUGCCUCACCCUAACUUCCUGCAGCUUUCGCCAGUCAUUGGCCACUUAGUCUUUUGGGGGCUGGGCAGCGGCUCCGUGCACUUUGGGGUCGGGGGCGGCUUCCUAGAGCCCAGCAUCCACUGGGGCUCCGAAGCCGUAGCCUGUGUCCUCCACCCACUUUGUGCCCUCAUCCUCCUCCGGGGCUAUGGCAGCGGCGAUGCCAGCGUCCUCUGCAGGUCCGACAGGCUGCUGACGGGCACCAAGAUCACCACGCAGAACAUCCACGACCACUUGGUUCCUACCUGGACAAGAUCCGCGACUGGGCCCCGGGGCCCCGGCAAUUACAGCCACUACUUCAAGACCAUCGAAGACCUGCGGGACAAGAUUCUUGGUGUCACCAUUGAGAACUCCAGGAUUGUCUUGCAGAUUGACACCCGCCGCCUGGCUGCAGAUCACUUCCGAACCAAGUCUGAGAUGGAGCAGUCUCUGCGAAGGAGCUUGGAGGCAGACAAAGGCCUGCGCAGGGCGCCCGAUGAGCUGACCCCGGCCAGGGCUGACCUGAAGACGCACAUCCAAGGCCUGCAGGAGGAGCUGGAUCACCUGGAGAAGAACCACAACGAGGAAAUCAGUGCUGCGGGUGGCCAGGUCAGUGUGGAGGUGGAUUCUGCUCCAGGCAUUGGUCUUGCAAAGAUCCCGGGCAACACCUGAAGCCAGUAUGCGGUCAUAGCUGAGCAUGCCGAAGAUGCUGAAGCCUUCACCAGCCAGACUGAGGAGCUGAGCUGGGAGGUCGCUGGCCACACGGAGCAGCUCCAGAUGCGCAAGUCCGUCACGGACCGGUGGCGUACCCUCCGGGGUCUUGAGAUUGAGCUGCAGUCGCAGCUCAGCAUGAAAACCGCCUUGGAAGACCAUACUGCAGGAACGGAGGCCUGCGUUGAGGCCCAGCUGGUGCGGAUCCAGGCUCUGAGCAGCGGUGCCGAAGUCCAGCUGGGCAAUGUGUGUGCUGACUGCCAGAGGAGGCCUGAGCAGGAGAUCACUGCCGACCGCAUCCUGCUCGAGCGCCAGAAAGAUCCUUACAGCAACCUGCCCACCUGCAAGCAUCUCCUAAACCCCAGCAGUCUCACCUGGAGGUACACACAUCCCGACCCUGACAUGGUUGUGCUGUACUCGCCUGGAACCUCUGGCAACCGGACCUCCUGCAGCACUAGGCGGUUGCCAUCAUCUACUUGGAAGUCUUUAGAAAAGGUGUCUGAAGACUGGAUGGUGACCAAAGCUGCUUUCUCACUUUUAGUGAAAGUUGCUGUUCCAUAUUUGGAGAGCGCUUGAAGAGCCACCACUGUGUCCUGAAAAAAAAAAAAAUGAGUAGAGAAAUCACAAAAGAGGAAAGUAACAAACUCACACUGGAUGUAAACCAUAACAACACUAUUCUUUUUUCAGAAUUAUUUAGUCAUAAAUGCAGUACACUAACUCUAUUUCAAUUCAGUUCAAUCUGGUUAGUAAUGAUAAACUAUUCUAGAUACUUUGAAGGUAUAUUUCUAAAAAGUUUCUUCAUUCAGCUAGUUUAAAUAUACAUAUGGAGAUAAGACUUAGAUAUUUGACACAAGCCCAGGCUAUUUCAAUAAUUUAUAAAUUUAUGUAACAAUAUUUGUUAUAAAAGGUCAGAGAAGAGAGAAGAAAAUAUGGGUUAGAAUAGUAAGAGAAGACUGAAGAAGGUUAUCUGAGAAAUAAGAUUACUCUGAAUAAUGAGCAGAGUUUAUGUAGACAGAAGAGAGGCAUCGGGGGGGACCUGGGUGGGGAAUGCUCUAUGUGAAGUCAUGGAAACAGCUGUGAGCUAAUUCCAGAAGAAGCAAAGGGAUCUGCCUAAUCAGAUUGGUGCACUCAUGUUUACUGGGGAGAGGAAAUAUUUUUGAUAAAAUAUUAGAUAAUUUUAGGCUUUGAGUGAAAAAAAGAUUUAUUUUCUAAGGGAAGUAAUCCCUUGAAAAUAUUGCUCUGUGAAGACAAACCUACCUGCAUGGUUGGGGGGCCCCUAGGGAGAGAGUAUAAAAAGGACAGAGCAGUAAUCCAUACAUAAGAUAGUAAGGCUGGAACUUGUCUGCUGAUGGAGGGAUGGAGAAAGUGUGAAUUAGAAAUACUAACCAUUCCAUUAUUCAACUCCCAGAUGGUUGUGUCUUCAUAUAUGUGAAUAUAUUUAUGUUUCCUUCUAGAGUCUUCCCACAGACCUGAGUGGAGGAGAAGCCCCCUUGGGGAUUUUGCUGCUUGGUAAUCCACUUCACAAUACGUGAUGCACAGACAGGUCCUCUGAAGAUGGGGCAGGCUGGACAGUAAGAUAGUCCUUGGUGGUGAUUUCGGAGCUGGUGUCUACGGCUGCGUCUGACAUGGUGGGGCACGCCGGUGAUGCGAUGCCGGGGAUUAAAAAGAAAGCGAGAGUUCAGGGACUCUGGCGAUAAAGCUGCCGGAGUCCGCGGCGGCGGAGGAGGCGCGCGGCGGAGGCGGCUGCGGCGAGCAAGGAGGCUGACGAGGAACAAUGCAAAGAUGGCUUUUCAGAGCAGCCAGUGGGGCAGGACAAUGUUUUUCAUCAAAUGUCCUUAGAUUUGGAGGAGGUUUCCCCAGUGUAUCCAGUGGUUGUCUUCCUCUUGAUUAGUAUUAAAGGAGGAGAAAAAGUGUGUAUUGGGGUCAGUGCAGAAAACAAAUCAUCCAAGCACACGAAGUGGAAUUUGCUAAUAGCAUUACUACUCACCCAGUGACUUAGGAGUCACAACCCAGGACACGGUUUUCCGCCCAUUUCUACAGACACAGUGAGAUUCUUCGUUCUUCUCUGUUGGAACAGCCAGGAAAGCGGAAGAGACCUCCAGCUGCACAACGACCUGUCCCCCACACCCAACCACAAGUUUAUGAAGGGAUGCAGAACAGCAUGAAUACUGCAAAAGAUGCUCUGUGCAUCAGAAGGUCCAGAAGAGAGAGAUUUAAAUUGCUUUCAGCUAAGCUGUAGACCUCUAGCAGAUGAACGACAUAUUUUCCUGAAGGGAAAAAAAAUUACCGUGAAGAUACUGUAAAUAUCCCCCUCCAGGACUUGCUUUGGUGUGGAAGUGAUUCCGCUGUGAGUUGUGUCUUUUGCGUUGUUGCACUCUUCAUCAUAUUCAUCCGCAGGACCUCCAGCUCUAAAGGGUGUGAAGAGGAUACUGACCCACCAGAAAGAGACCCCACUGCUAGAACGAAUAAGAUGUGCUGAAAGCCGGAGCAUAACUUGGCCAUUCCAAGAUUUAACGACAAACUAACUACCCAUCAUUAACACUAAAG